AUGGCGCAGGGGGCAGAAACGCACCAUUUCUGGAACCCGGCGUCAGCAUCAGCGUCUGGCGGCAAAUCUCUGGCCUUUAAAUCUGCCGUGGUGUUGACAUCUACAUUUACAGUCGCUUCGGUCGUGUCAUUGAUUGUUGAGCCACUCUACGGUGAGCAAUUGGUAGAGCAGUUCGUGAAAGACACGCAUGCCGGAGAGAGCAGUGUUCCCAAAGUUCCCAACGUCCUGUUCCCGGAAGAUUGGAGAUACAGAACACAUCGCUGGCCGCAGCUUCUUUUUAUGACGCAGCAAGAGACAGAAUUCGCACGGCGGAUGACGAUGUCCUUGGUAAUCGGCGCACUGCUUGGUAUUGAAAGACGAGAAUCCAACAGAGGAGCUGGCGUACGGACUAUGAGCUUAGUUUCGCUCGGAGCAUGCAUCUUCACCAUUGGUUCGCUUUAUGCCUUCGAAGAAGGAACGCAAACAUGGGAUUCAUCUCGAGUUGCUGCUGCGCUACCUUCAGGUGUGGGGUUCUUGGGGGGUGCAUUGAUCUUCAAAGACUCCGGCCAAAUUAAGGGGCUUACGACCGCCUGCGGUGUGUGGCUGGCUUGUGCUGUGGGCAUGUGUUGUGGCGGUGGGCUGUACUUCGUUUCCUUUUUUGGUGUGGCUGGUGUUGUGGCAAUGCUUCGUUUCGGGCCUCGAUCACCAAUGCCGGAGGAUGAACCAGACGUGACGGAAACAGAGCCAAAAGCACCCGGACUUGUCGAGGGGCUUGACCACCCGCUGGUCCGCAAGAGGUCACUCACGAACCCUCCGAAAACCUUGAUUGUUGGUGAUGAGUAG